CUUGGCGGCCUUGGCGCAGUUACAAAUGUAAACCCAUGUGAGAGAUACGUUCUGAUUUCGGAUAUUCCUGGAAGGUGUUAACGCGCAACGUUCGCCCGCGAAAGAUCGCAUCAUCGGACACCGACGAUUUUCGACGCGCUCGGCGAGAUCGCGUUGUCAAAUUCGCCGGUUCAUUUAGAUCGCAACUUUAGAGAGAGAGAGAGAGAGUCAUGGAGACGGUGGACAGCAGUCAAGGAAAGUUGCUUUGCACUCCGCGGCGAGCGCAGAAAUGUCUCUUCGCGUCGUCCGACGAUAAAUCCGUCAAACGAGGCGUUGCUCAGGAUCCGGAACGUGUCAGGGACAAUGACAAGACCUCGGGGGACGAAUCGGAUUUGGGGCCCAUGUCGCCUCUGGCUCUCACCGACCGGAGUCCCAGUAUCAGCGACAGCGAUGUCAGUUCCUCGGGCAGGGAAUUCGUCUCUCCGUUCGCGACGCCCGAGAAGACGCCGACCACGCGCAGCCACGCUACGUCCUGGGAUCGUUUGAGGUUCAGCGCGGAGGAGCGCAUGUUGCCGUUCAGAUCGCUCAGGAAGGUCACCAGAGCGGCCAGAUACUCGCCGAGGUGCAAACACACCGGCGGCUACUCGCCGCGUUCGCUGUCGUCCACCCCGGAGAAACUGCUGAUGGUGGGCCCAUUGACGCCGCAGCGCGUCUCGAAGACGACGGACGCGGACCAGAUGACGAACGAGAUAGUGCCGGAAACGCCGCAGCGUAGCUUCGCCACGGAGAUACAGAACCAAAGUAUCACGGAGACGCCGCGUAAGGGCAGGAGCCCCGAGCGCCCCAAGCAGACGACGCCGUUGAGCUCCGUGAGCAAGACAGUCCCGUUGCCGCGGGUGCACAGGCGGAAGUCCCUCAGCGCGAUCGAGACGAGCGGCGGCCUGUCGCCCGAGCAGAAGGAGAACACGUUGAAGAGGCGUGCGCGUGACCAGUCGUCGGCGACGAGACCGACGAAGCUGUUCAAGAGCGACUACGGCGGCCUCGCGCCCAGAGCGAGAGCGUCGUUGUUUCAGGAGAGGAGGCACGAGACGUGCGGCCUGAAAAACAACUUCUCGUUGAGCACGAAAACGUUUUACAGCGGCAACGUGAAGUCCGAGCGGCCUUUCGGCAGCAGCUUCAGGAGCAACGAUGUUAAGAGGAGACGAAGCUUACCCCCGCAGAGCAGCAGCAGACGCUUGUCGGUGAAGAAGCGGAAGUUCGGAAGGAUAAACGCUGGCGUGUAUCACGGAAUCAAGAAGCCGAAGCCCAAGGAGGCGUUGAAGAAGGAGGGACAGCAUGACAAGCAGAGCCCCACGACUUUGAGCAAGAAUCCACCCGUGGAGGACGCUCAGCCAAUGGAGACGACCGCGAUCGCGGAGAGACCCCCCUCGCCGAUGAUCGACGAGAGCAAACGAUUCUUCAAAACCAACAAGACGAUCAGACAAAAUCAGGCCGCUACCGUGACGAUGAGCGAUAAGAUUAAGCUGAAGGUCGCGGACGGUAAGAUCGAAUUGAAGGAGAAUCAGAAACGCCCACCGUCCAUGAAUGCGCGUAAGCGAAAGCCGAGCGUCGUGGACGUCCCUCUGGACGCCACUGAUCUGACCGUCGACGAACCGGAAGUUGAGGUUACGUUGCAGCAGGAGGCGGUCGCUGAUCUUCUGAAAAUUCUGGAGGACGACUGGGCGAACGACGAUUACGACACGAUGGCACCACUGAGCCAUAUAGCGAACGCGUUUUCUUCAAAACCACCGACGACGUUGUUGCCGCCGCAAGACACGAUUAUGUCCCCAGCCACCGAACUCAGCAACAUGACCUCGACGAUGAACAUUAAUAAAGACGCUCCCUUGACGAACUUCGAAAAUCUUUCGCUCGAGAACACGAAUAAUAAUAAUAAUGACAUCGAAAAGGAAACUGGCGAAGAGAACACCGAGAAAAGAUACUUUCCGUUGUUUACCAAAGGAUAUUCCGAACCUGAUAAUAUUUUUAAGGAGACGUUAAGUAACGUUAAGGACGCUACGAAAGCAGUGAAGAAAAAUAUGCAGUGGCAGCUAUCCAAGAAAGCUGGUGGCGCGGAGGAUCAGUAUCAGCUGGACGUCGGCCAGAAACGUUUAGGCGCCACUCAGUGUCUAGAGUGCAAUGUUGUGUAUCAGCUGGGCGAUGCCGAGGACGAAAACGCUCACUUGAAUUAUCACAACAGCAUACGGACUUUAAAAUUUCAGGGAUGGAAGAACGAGCGUGUUAUACUGGAGGAUUCGUUCACCUCCAGCAGAAUAAUCUUAGUCGAGCCGCAUGACCCCAAGCAGUAUUGGAAGAAAGUGCUGGAGAUCCUGGCCGUUGUAGACAGAGACUUGGGACUGUCGGACAUAGAUACCUCGGAAUAUCAGAGCAAAAAGAUCUUCUUGUACAUACGCGAGAAAAGCGUUCUCGGGGUGUUGGUGGCGGAACACAUCGAGAAGGCGUUCCGUAUGAUUCCCGAGCUGAUCGAACUCAACUGUUGCACCGCCGAGAGUACACCGACGAAAUGUGGCAUUAACGUCGUCUGGACCGCGAUGAGUCAUCGCAAGCAGGGUAUAGCCACUAAACUCGUCGAUACAUUGAGAGCCAAAUUCUUCUACGGUUACGUGAUGUCGUUGGACGAUAUAGCGUUCUCAAUACCGACUCCAAGUGGCAAGAUCUUCGCCGAGAAGUACACGAAAAUGAAGAACUUUAAGGUUUACAACUGAAUCCACUAUAUUUAGACUUCAACAUUUGUUCUUUUUAAAUAGUCGCGUUUUUCGAACUGUUGGUGAAAAACCUUUACACAUUACAUUAUACAUCUUAUUUUAUCUUUUAUUUUGCUUUGAUAGUUUUAUAUUUUUGUGAAAUUCUACUUUAGAUGAUUACUAUAGGAUGUUGACAUGAAUGAAAGGUUGAGAUAAGUUUCUUGAAUUUUAUAAAUUAAUUUUAAUGAAUAUCUUUUUCUUUCUUAUUUAAAUUGUUACUGCAUUCCACUGUAUAGUUCAAAGCGAAAUAAUUUUUUUUUUUUUUUUAUAACUGAUACAACAAGAUGGAAAUCUGAAAUAAAUCCAUUAAGUAUUAAUAUAUAAAAUUACUUUGAAAAAUUUAAGUUAUAAUAAAAAUAUUAAUGCUA